UGUGGGAGGCUGUCAUAUACAAAAACAAUAAACAUUUCAUGAGGUCAGGCAAUAAGCAAGUAACAUUUCACGCUGGCUCGUGUGCUUAUGCGUAAGAGGAUAGUUUAUGGCAAAAAUAAUGAAGAUAUGUCUGAAGCUGCGACAGAUGUAUUUAAUUAUUAUUAUGAUUUGGCUAACCAUCAUUGAAUAAAUGGCCAACGACUGCGCUUUUGCAUCUGGAGUAAAGUUAGCUUGGUCGCUAACUGGCUAGCAGCCAUCCAGUAAGCGCGAGCACCUGCGGAGGGUGGUCUGAGUCCUGUGAUUCCGGACAUCGAGUACUGGAGUCCAGUGCUGGAGUCCGACGAUCCUCUUUGGUUCCCGGCUUGUGAGCGAGGUAAUCGGACAACCCCAUCUUCUUCACCUCCUCCACCUAUUCCAGGUGGGGGAGAGGAUGGCCUCCCUCCUCCAUGUCACCCUGCUGGGGUUGCUGCUGGUGGCUGUAGCCCCUGGGUGUUGGGCAGGAGACUGUAAGGGCCACAGACAGGUGCUCAGGGGCCCACCAGGGUACGUCACAGACGGGCCAGGGAACUACUCUGUAAACGGGAACUGCGAGUGGGUCAUCAAAGCCCCCAGCAGCAAUUACCGUAUCGUCCUGAACUUCACCUUUAUGGAGACAGAAUGCACCUACGAUUACCUGUUCGUCUACGAUGGAGACUCCUACCAGAGCCCCCUACUGGCCAGUCUGAGUGGCAACACCCUGCCGCAGCCCAUAGAAGCCAAGUCUGGCAAGAUGCUACUCCACCUCUUCAGCGAUGCCAACUACAACCUCCUGGGCUUCAAUGCCACCUACUUGUUCUCUGUGUGCCCUGGGGCCUGCGGAGGUCACGGGCGCUGUGACACGGCCUCGUCCCUGUGCCAGUGCCACCUGGGCUGGGGAGGAGCCGACUGCAGCACCCCUCUAUGUCCCCAGGCCUGCGUCCUGCAUGGCACCUGUGACAAGAGAGGAGAGCGUUGUCUAUGCAGCUCGGACUUCCUGGGCCAGAGCUGUCAGCUGGGUCUCCGUGAUGACAGUGGGGUGGGGCAGUGGUGGCAGGUGAGUGGGGGCAACCCCUACACGCCCCCCCGGACCGGCUCUGCUGGGGUCUACCUGUCCUCCACUGGAGCCAUGUACCUGUUUGGAGGGUUUGACCUGAACCGAGCUUUGGGGGACCUGGUUAAAUACAACUUCAGCUUGAACCAAUGGGAGAACAGAUCUUAUGGACACUCCCCAGUGGCUCGUCACUCCCACACGGCAGUAGAGUGGAAGGGGAACAUGGUUAUCUUCGGGGGAGAGCUUAUGAGCGGCGCUUUAGCCAGCGACGUCUGGAUGUACCGCCCAAUCCAGGAGGACUGGCAGCAGCUCGGCCAAUCCCAUUCGCCCGGGGCACCGAGGGUGGCCAACCAUGCAGCAUCUGUAGUGGACAACUAUCUCUACAUAUUUGGAGGUCGUACGGAAGAGGAUAUGUUCUCAUCAUCUUUGUAUCGGUUUGAUCUGCGGGAGUCUGGGGUGUGGGAAGCGGUGCAGCCCACUGGGGGGAAGCCCCCCUCCACAGCAGGCCACUCCAUGGUGUUUCACCCCCCGUCUCGGGCUCUGCUGGUUUACGGGGGCCACAGGCCUACCACUGCCAGGUUCAGUGUACGUGUGAACUCCACGGAUGUAUUCCACGUGGACCGGAGGUUUUGGACCUCGUUCCGCUCCCGUUUCCCAGCCACAGGCCCCAGGGAGAGAGCCUUCCACUCAGCCACCGUCAUCGGAAACUACAUGGUGGUCUAUGGGGGGAAUGUGCACAUCCACUACCAGGAAGAGAAGUGUUAUGAUGAGGAAAUCUUCUUCUACCACCUGGGGUGUCACCAGUGGGUGUCAGCCGGGUCGAGCUUCCAACACAGAGGAGAGUCUGUGAGAGGGCGGUACUCCCAUGUAGCUGCUGUGAUGGAGGGCAGGGUGCUGCUGGUUGCCGGGGGUUACAGUGGUAUUGCCCGUGGAGACCUGGUGGCAUACAAAGUUCCGCUGUUUGUGAGCAGCGACCCAGGAGACCGGGAUGCUGUGUGUGCCGAGGCACCAGAUGAGAGCAUGUGUCUGAAGAACCCAGAAUGCAGCUGGUGUGAGGGCCGCUGUCGGGAGUACCAACCCACCAACCCGUGUGGCAGCACAGGGUGCCUGGGCCUGGCCCGCUUUCUGUCUGACUGCCAGUCCUGCCUGGUGUUCAGUGGGGCUCCAGGUUCCCUGCCCCGUGCCCCUGGUGACUUCGGCUGGUGUGUCCAGAACGAGUCCUGCCUACCUGUAUCAGAUCAAAGUGCUUGCCGUGUGGACCAGAUCUCAGGGGCGUACGGCUGGUGGGGGGAGCGUACCCGUUUCCUUACCACACUCCUUUCCUGUCGCACUGAGAACUAUGUCCCGGGACUGCACCUGCUCACCUUCCAGCACCCCCGCAAUGACUCCCAGCCUGACAAGGUGUCCAUCCUGCGCAGCACCUCCAUCAUCCUCAGCCCCACCACAGAGAUGGACGUCACCCUGCAGUUCCGGGGUUUCAUCCACCCUCUGUGGGGUGCCCCUCCACCUGCACCCCCUCCCACCGAGACAGUCUCAAUGUGGGCCCGGAUACAGAGGCUACACUUUGAGGCCCGCAUGGCUGCUGGACCCAACUCCCUGCAACUGGUGAGGGAGCGGGAGAAGGAGGUGAUAGGUCGCUGGGCAGCUCAUCAGGAGAAGGAGACGAAGCUGCUGUCCCGUCCUGACAUGGGUCGUCUGUUUCCCAACCUGACCCGGGGGAACCGCUACCUGGUCCAGGCCGAGGGAUACCUCAACAACUCAGGCUCUGGACAGACCAGUGAGAUGGCCCUGACCUGGAACAGAACCGCUCUGCCCGGCGGAAGUGAGAUUUCCUUCCUGUUCUUGGAGCCGUACCGUUCUGGCUCUUGCUCGGGGUACCAGUCUUGCUUGGCGUGUCUGUCAGACCAGUCCUGUGGCUGGUGCCCGUCUCUGGGCCGCUGUCUGUUCCGUGCACUGCCUGACAUGGAGCCCUGCCCAGAGGACCAGGGGGGAGGGGAACGCCACCUGCUGCUGGCCCCGCCACAAUGCACCCUCUGUGAGGAGUACAGGGACUGCUCCGCCUGCACUCAGGACCACUACUGUGAGUGGCAGAUCAACGCCAGCAAGAAGGGUGACUACCAAUGCAGCCGACGGGGGAAACUGGAUGGAUCCAUUCGCAACCCAGGGGGGUGCCCUAAAGUCUGCAACCAGAGGAGGACGUGUGGAGAGUGUCUGUCUAACUCCAGUCAGUGUGCGUGGUGUGAGUCGGCCCAGGCCUGCUUCUACUUCGCUGCCUACCUCACCAAGUAUCCCUAUGGAGAGUGCAGGGACUGGUAUGACAGUGUUCACUCAGUGCCCCAGUGUAAGCAGUGCUCAGCUCUGGUCACCUGUACAGACUGUCUCCAGACGUUUCAGUGCGGCUGGUGUGGAGACUACAACAACCCCACCAUCGGCAGGUGUCUACGAGGAGACUGGGGAGGGAUGGACGACGCCUCUGUGUAUAACUGCAGUGUGGCUGUGGAUGAAGUACGGGCUACCAGUCCUGAGCCCCAGACCUUGGCCCCCCCGCGGCCCAUGGAGCUGGAGCACAUGGAGGAGGGGGAGAGGGACCCAGUCUGGUCCUACCCCAGCUGUCCCGAUGUGGAGGAGUGCAGGCUGGGCCUCCACAGCUGCCACCCCUUCGCCACCUGCGUCAACACCCCCUCCUCCUUUGAGUGCCACUGUGAGAGGGGCUACACCGGGGACGGCACCCUGCACUGCAACCAGACUUGUUAUAAUGAGUGUCGUGAGGGCCAGUGCAGCGGCAGCCCGCGGUUCGAGUGUGAGUGUUCCCUGGGCUGGACAUCUGACCCAGCCACACUGGUGCUGAGCGGGGUGGAGUGUGAUGUGGACUGUGGCUGUAACUUCCACAGCACCUGUAUCACCGCCCCAGGCAUCUGUGACCACUGCCAGGAUUGGACAAUGGGUCUCCAGUGUGAGCACUGUCGACCAGGGAGUUUUGGUUCUGCGCUGGCCGGGGGCGGGGGCUGUGUGCCCUGCCAGUGUAACGGACAUGGAGGCCCACUCCUGGGCUACUGCCACAAUCAGACAGGCCAAUGCUACUGCACACACCACACCCAGGGACCACACUGUGAAUCGUGCUUGCCUGGAUACUACGGAGACCCCAGGAAUAAUGGCACCUGUUUUCGUCAGUGUCAAGGGCGCUCUGUGAUCCUGUCCCACCAGUCACCCCUCUCUGAGCUCCCCAUCUCGUCCUCCCUGGGGUGGCGAGGGGGCGUCGGGGGGAAGGGGGGACUCUCCCACUGUCUGUGGGUCCUGUCUGUCUCUGAGAACCUGGUCCCCUGUGUGCCGGGCAAGCUGUGCCCUCUUGUGGCUCUCACCCUGCACCCAGACUCCUACACACAGUGCACUAGCUCCUAUGUUUACGUGUUUGACGGCCUGCCUCGUUUCUUGAGCAACGGGGUGGUGCACUCGGACCACAACCUGAUUGGUGCAUUCUGUGGGACGACCCGGACUCAGCCAAUCACUGUGGAGGCCACUUCAGGUGUGAUCUCUGUGUACUUUGAGGCCAACGUCUCGUCCGACCGCCCUCAGGGUUUCAACGCCUCCUUCUGGGUGCGGCGCUGUCGCCAGGGUUCUGAGGCGGGGGAGGAUGGGUCACCCGUAUGCCAGGGAGGGGCGCAGUGCAGCGGGGGGCUGUGCCAGUGUACUCAGGGGUAUGGGGGACCGUACUGCGACAGGCCCCUCUGUCCCGAGGGCUGUGGGCUAGCAGAGGGCCGAGGCUCCUGUAACUUGUCUCUGGGAGUGUGUGUGUGUGCAGACGGUUGGGGCGGCUCUGACUGCUCCACCCCUCUGGACUCCAGCAGCCUAGUUUGGGAAACCCUACUGGACACACAGCUCACAGCGAACCAGGCCCACAGGUUCCUCCACCGGAUGGGCCAUUCUCUAGUGUCUGGACCGCAGGGGAACCUCUGGAUGUAUGGAGGCCUUUCUCUCUCAGAGGGCAUCCUGGGAAAUGUCUACAGGUACUCUGUGUUGGAGCGGCGCUGGACUCAGAUGCUGACCAGCUCAGUGGAGGAAGGCUCCACCCCCAGCCCCCGCUACCACCACGCCUCUGCCCUUCUGGCCAGUCACGAGCCUCUCUCCGGCGGCCAAGGAGCUACUCACAACCUCAUGCUGGUCGUGGGCGGUGUCACGCAGAAGGGUGUCGCCGUGGAUAUGUGGAGCCUCAACCUCAGCAGUCUGGUGUGGCGACAGCACAAGAGCUCAGUGCUGCCACCGGUGGCUGGUCAUACUCUAACGGUGCGUCGGGACUCCUCUAUGCUGCUCAUCGGAGGUUACUCUCCAGAGAACGGCUUCAACCAUCACCUGCUGGAGUUCAACAUCCACUCUGGCAACUGGACCGUCGCCCCCCACACCGGCACACCUCCUACAGGUCUGUAUGGCCACUCGGCUGUGUACCACGAGCAGACAGACGCCGUGUACGUGUUCGGAGGCUACCGCUUCCAUGUGGAGACAGUGGAGCCCUCAGGAGAGCUCUACAGUCUCUACUAUGCCAACCUCACCUGGUCCCUACUGGUCCCCUCACAGGGGAAUAAGCCCCUGUCCCGUUUCUUCCACGCUGCAGCCCUGAUAAAAGACACCAUGGUGAUUGUGGGAGGGAGAACAGGAGUGGAGGACUACAGCAACACGGUGUAUCUGUACCAGAUCAACUGUAACACCUGGAUACAGCCAGACUCGGCGGUGGGCGAGCCGGUUAACCGUUCAGUUUCUCUGGCCAUGGUGGGCUGGGGUGGGCGGCUGUUCCUCUCUGGGGGGUUCAACGGGGUCACCCUGGGGCGUCUUCUCACCCUGACCCUUCCCUCUGACCCCUGUGCCUUGCUGCCCACGCCUGAGGCCUGCAACACCACCACAGGCAGUUGUGUCUGGUGCAGGGGCACCUGCGCCGCCUCUGAUACUGCUGAGAGACUGGGCUGUUCCAUUGGUCAGUCUCCCUGCUCCCCCACCCCUCGUCUACCAGACCAGUGUCGCAGACUGAAGACCUGCAGUGAGUGUCUGGCACGCCACCCCAGUACCUUCUCUAGUCCCUCACAGUCACAGUCUGCUCUGCAGUGUAAGUGGUGCACCAACUGUCCAGAGGGAGCAUGCAUCAGCAGUACAGUCAGCUGCACCUCAGAACACGACUGUAGGAUCAACCAGAGAGAGAUCUUCCUGUCCAGCAACUGUACUGAGACCAGCUGUGAGGCCUCCGACUGCCCCAAGUGCACCGCCUCAGGGAAGUGCAUGUGGACACGCCAGUUCAAACGCACCGGUGAGACCAGGCGCAUCCUGAGUGUGAACCCCACCUACGACUGGACGUGCUUCAGCUACGCCCUGCUCAACGUGUCCCCCAUGCAGGUGGAGUCCUCCCCUCCUCUGCCCUGCCCGCCCCCCUGCCACCACCUCAGCACCUGCAACCUCUGCCUGGGCUCCCGGGGCUCAGACGGGGGCUGGCAGCACUGUGUGUGGAGCAUGGCACUGCAGCAGUGUGUGAGUCCGUCCUUCGUGCCUCUGCGCUGUGAGGCGGGUCAGUGUGGUCGUCUGCUGUCUGGUGGGGACUCGUGCUCCCCCCAGUGCGCUCAGCUCACCCAGUGCUCUCAGUGCAUCGCCUGUCCCCAGUGUGGCUGGUGUGCUGCCAGGGGGGGCAACGGGUCUGGACGCUGCCAGCAGGGAGGCCUCAACGGUGUGAGUGAGGGAGUGUGUCCCCAGGGAAACAGCAGCUGGUCCUUCCUCCACUGCCCAGAGGAGGAUGAGUGUGCCAACGGCCACCACCACUGUAACGUCACCCAGGACUGCCAUGACCUGACCCAGGGAUACCACUGCACCUGCAAGCAGGGCUACGUUCUCAGCCGUGUGUCAGGCCAGUGUGAGCCGGUCUGUGAUCAGGGCUGUGUCAACGGGACCUGUGUGUCCCCGGGAGUGUGUCAGUGUCACUUUGGCUUUGUGGGGGACAACUGCUCGUCUCAGUGUCGUUGUAACAAACACAGCAACUGUAAAGGAGUGUCUGAGCCUGACAAGUGUCUGGAGUGUAAAAACAACACUAUGGGUGAUCACUGUGAGAAGUGUAAGCCCCUGUAUGUGGGGUUGGCGGUGGGCGGGGGGACGUGUCGCCCCUGUCGGGAGUUCUGCAGGGGGAACAGCGCAGUGUGUCUGUCCCGGGACGAACACAAGAGGGCGCUAGACCACCCCCAAGACCACCCUCUGGACCCAGACAGCAUUGUUCAGUGGGUGUCGGAAGGUCCUACAGAGGACUCAGCGGUUUGUGUGAGCUGCCAGAACAAUAGCGUGGGGGACAAGUGUGAGAGCUGCCUCAGCGGCUACUUCCUAUUGCAGGGGAACUGUGACAAGUGUCAGUGUAACGGCCAUGCAGACACAUGUAAUGAACAUGACGGCACAGGCUGCCCAUGUCAGAACAACACAGAGACCUCUUCCUGCCUCAGCAGCCCACAGAGCGACAGGAAGGACUGCUACAGAACACAGUGCGCCAAGUGCAAAGACUCCUUCAACGGCACACCGGUAAACGGGCGCCAGUGCUACCGCCAGUUCAACGUGGACAAUGAGUGCUGCUUCGACCCCACCUCUCAGACAAACUGCUUCCACGACCCCACCAUCCGCAAUUUACCCAAGGGACGCACUGUCUUCUUCGCUGCCCAGCCAAAGUUCACCAACGUGGACAUCCGGGUCACCAUCGACGUGACCUUCGGGGAGGUGGAGGUGUACGUGUCCAACUCCCAUGACACCUUCAUCGUAGAAGUGGACCUCCACACAGGCAUCCACGCCAUCAAGAUCGAGGACGAGUCGGUGGCCCGAGGUGGGUCGAGCGGAGGGGAUAAGGAGACACCUCCGUCACCUAUGAAGGUGUAUGCCAACUCCUCAUCCAGCCUGGGUGGGGCCAUGCUCCCCAACACCCCCCUGCAGCUCCACGCCAAGCCCCAGGGGGCGGACAGGAAGGUACGGGAGGCCAAGACGGCGGGGCUCAUCUCCUACAUCACGGUGUGGAAGCCCCAGACGGUGCUGAUUGUUCGAGGUGUCCGUGACCGUGUGGUCAUCACCUUCCCCCAUGAGGUCCACUCCCUGAAGUCCAGCCGCUUCUACAUCGCCCUGCGCGGGGUAGGCGCCGAGGAGAGACGGGGCGAGUCCCAGGGCCUGCUCUUCCUCCGCCAGGACCAGGCUCACAUUGACCUGUUCGUCUUCUUCUCUGUUUUCUUCUCCUGCUUCUUCCUCUUCCUCUCCGUCUGCGUCCUCCUCUGGAAGAUCAAGCAGUUCAUGGACUUCCGCCGAGAGCAGAGGCGUCACAUCCAGGAAAUGACCAAGAUGGCAUCCAGGCCCUUCGCCAAGCUCACUGUCUAUUUGGAGCCAGAGGAGCCCCAGCUCAUCUACCUGCCCUCCACAGGGGGCGGAGGGGUGGGGGGCAGUGCCGUGUCCCUGGCCCAUGCACGCACAGGCAAGCUGGGGGGCAUUGUAGUUGGCCAGAGGGGGCGUGCUGGAGCCAUCUCCUACAAACACGAGCCAGGCUCCGGCCCCACCGUCCACCACCACCACCUUACCCUGGGUGGAGGGGGCAACAGUGGGCAACACCUGCCCCUGCAUUACCUCAACACCCACCACUAUGUCCCCACCAACACCACGGCCUCGCACCCCCACCACCACCCAUCCUCCCACAGUGGCUACCAGCACUUCUGCCGCUCCGACCCCUUCCUGUCCCAGCUCAUGGGCUUCUCCUACUCCACCUUCAAGGUGGGGCCCAUCACCCUGGAGCCCACGGACGACGGCAUGGCCGGGGUGGCCACCGUCCUCAUCCAGCUGCCGGGGGGCAUCCUGGCCCCUAACCGCGCCUGCCUGGGGUCUGCCUUGGUCACACUACGGCAAAACCUCCAGGAGUACUGUGGUCACGGCAAUGGAGGAGGACACCCCGGGGUGGGAGGGGGGCGCAAAGGCCUGCUAGGGCAUCAGCACCUCACCACCAUGGCUAUGUAGAGAAGAGAGGGGGAGAAAGUAGAUGAGAGAGGGGUAUGUGAUGGGGUGGUAGUAACAUGUUAAGAGGUUAGAAGAGAAAUGGGGAGUCACAUGAAAAAGGCCAUAAAGGAGAAAGUUGUGUAAGAGCCUGUUAAAACCUCUCCCCAUCCCGCAUGAGGGAGCAUAAUCAGACUGAUACUAAUUAGCAUAACGCAACGGACAUAAAUAUUCCUAUAAAAUAUUCCUAUUCAUGAAAAUCACAAGUGAAAUGUAUUGAGACACAGCUUAGCCUUCUGUUAAUCACCCUGUCAUCUCAGAUUUUCAAAAUAUGCUUUACAGCCAAAGCUAGACAAGCAUUUGUGUAAGUUUAUCGAUAGCCUAGCAUAGCAUUUUGUCCAGCUAGCAGCAGGUAACUUGGUCACGGAAAUCAGAAAAGCAAUCAAAUUAAAUCGUUUACCUUUGAUGAGCUUCGGAUGUUUUCACUCACGAGACUCCCAGUUAGAAAGCAAUGUUCCUUUUUUCCAAAAAUAUUAUUUUUGUAGGCGAAAUAGCUCCGUUUGUUCUUCACGUUUGGCUGAGAAAUUGCCCGGAAAUUGCAGUCAUGAAAACGCCGAAAAAUAUUCCAAAUUAGCUCCAUAAUAUCAACAAACAUGGCAAAUGUUGUUUAUAAUCAAUCCUCAAGGUGUUUUUCAAAUAUCUAUUCGAUAAUAUAUCCACCGGGACAAUUGGUUUUUCAGUAGGACCGAUUGGAAUAAUGGCUACCUCUGUAUUUUACGCGAGAAUCACUCUGAGAGCCAUCAGGUGACCAGUUGCGCAAUGUAGCCGCUUACGGGUAUUCUUCAACAUAAAUGCGUAAAACUACAUCACAAUGCUGUAGACACCUUGGGGAAUACGGAGGAAAAGUAAUCUGGUUGAUAGCCCAUUCACUGCUCAAUAGGGAUGCAUUGGAACGCAUUGGAUUUUUCUCAGGCUUUCGCCUGCAAUAUCAGUUCUGUUAUACUCACAGACAAUAUUUUUACAGUUUUGGAAACUUUAGAGUUUUCUAUCCUAAGCUGUCAAUUAUAUGCAUAUUCUAGCAUCUUGUCCUGACAAAAUAUCCCAUUUACUACGGGAACGUUAUUUUUCCAAAAAUGAAAAUACUGCCCCCUAGUCACAAAAGGUUAUUAAAGUUGAUAGGAUUGGUACAUGUAUUUACUGUUUCAAUAUUGAUUGUCUUUUAUUCCGUUAUGUAUCGCUUUAUUUCAAACGCUAUACGUGAAUAGAAUGCACUACAACUGCACGUUAUAUCAGCUCAACCAUUCAGUUGCAUCCUGUCUGCGUCCGCUAUUGAGGUAUGAGUGCAGGCGACAACCAGACGCAGAGACUUUUUCUGCACUGUCGUUUUUUCGGAAUGACCAAUAAAAGUAGGGACGAUAACUACUGGAGUUGGAACCAACAUGUGCUUUAUACCCCAGAAAGUAGUAGCAAUCAAACAUUACCAUUAAAAACAAGAGAUAGAAGGCUUAGUCCGCCAGGAUGUGCAACAUCGAAUUGACAGGAUAGGAAUAAAGUGAUGCUUGUUUGUCAGAUGUUUUUUUUAUAUCAUGGCAGUAAUGAUGAGUGAAAUUAAUUAUAAGUUCAUAUAUGGCAGGCUUUUGAGCUACGUGUCUGUUUAUUAACUCAAAACCCGAAGUAUAUAUUUGUACAUGUUCAUUCACAGGACCUUUUACAUGUUUCUUUAUCGGUUGCUGUUGUAUUUGUUUCUCUGCUCGUCUGUCUCCAGUUCUUCUGCAUUUGUGAAAUCGCAGGCCUACACUUAACAAUCCUGUUGUGUAUCGCGUCCACUUUUGACACAUUUGAUGUCUGUAAAUAGAUUUUGUUACAAAUGAAGGAUUUAACUAGGUUAUCAGACUUCUGUCCCUGUAGCCAUUUUACGAGUGGAUAACAUAACACACUAUGUUUUGUUUAGUUUCUAAGGCUUUUAUUUCAGUUAUUUGAUAUGAACUGUAUGUUAACGUUUAUUGUUUUGUUUUUAGCUCUUUUGAUUGGAUGAUUUUUAUCAGCCAAUGAGGGCUGUGAUUAGAACUGAAUUCACUUUUUGGAUUUGUCUUGUGACAAAUGGAACAAGAAAAAAAUUACAGUAUGUGGAACAAAAAAAUGUAUGGAAAUUGUCAGAUUAUAAUGGAGACAAAGGAAAGCAACAUCUUCCUGGUGAAAGAUAACAUUAAUGAAAAGGGGUUUUUAUUUUCAAGGAGGGUGUGUUACAUUUUUUUGUUAAUGUUUUUUGCACUCUUAAGACGUAAUUUUUUUCGGUUUCACAUGUGAAUCCCCCCAUUAUCUUGCAACAAUCUGAAUGGUGCUAUUACACAACCAUUAGACUACAAAAUGAUUGGUAAUUCAGAUCUCAUUUACAUGUAUUUAACCACAUGUUUUACAAAAAUAACAGCUUUCUUGUUUAGUAGCAUUGCUCCUAAUUAAGGAAAAUUGUAACACUGUCGUCAGCUACCUUCGAGUCUGGGCACAAGCAUUAUUAGACUGGUUACAUUUUUCUUGUUUCACUGAGCACCUGAGUUACAUUUUUCAGUUACAUUUGUUUGUGUACCUGAGUUACAUUUUUCAUUUGCUCGUUUUUUUAAGAAGGGAACAAGUGAUGUACAGAAGAUGUUUGCCUGCCAGGCUCUUUGUCCUGGUGACGAGUCGGCUACAAUAUUAAAAGUCCAGGAAAGAUGGCA